CAUUCGACUCGGCCUAUCGAUAGAGACCGACAAUCCAUUCAUACCCAACAAUCUAAAACAUUUUAUGUCAAACGAUUAAACAGUUUAAUGCUGAUAACAGUGAUUUCAAAUGUGAAAUAAAAAAAUCCAUAUAAUUGUGUAUUUAUUUUAUUUUUGCAUUCGUCUCACCCAAGGAAAACGUACUAUUCGUUGACAAAGAAAAAAAGUAAAGAAAAUUAUAAGGAUUCAAAACACGCACAUUAAAUAAACCACUGCCGCCUGCCUAAAAAAGGGAAAGAAAUCAAAUAAAACACUUAAUAAGAAGGCAAAGAAAACGUAUAACAAAUUGCAAAUAAACAACUUACAAAUAACGUACGGGACCCUCAUUCACUUCUUUCAAACUGAGGUGGCAUUAUUUAACAGUGUGUAAAUUAAAAAACAUUAAAAUAAUACGGGUUAAAAAGCAACAGAAUGGAUGAGGAACACGACGACGAAAGAAUAUGAAAUUAAAUGGGGCUUUAAAGCCCCGCCAAGGAGCCUCCAAACUAGGAAGCUCCCCUGGUGUUGUCCAAAAAAAGUAUCGCGUCAAGCGAUAUUAUAAGGUGAAUGAAAAUGUAGUUAAAGGUCUGCCACUUAGUGAAUGUGGUGUGAAUAAUGAACAUUUUACUGAAAUCAUAAAUACUAGAAAAAAUAUAAAUAUUUAUAAAUAUAAUAAUCAGCAGCAGCAUACAACACCACUAGCACAACAACAGCAGCAGCAGCCGCAAAAAAGGAAUAUUGGUGAACAUUUUAGUAGCAGCAACAACAGAAGCUUAAGUAGUUGUAAUAUUUUAACUUCUACAGGAACCAAAAAGCAAAAUAAUUCAAAUACUACACAAUAUAGUAUUUCUUCAGUUACAAUCACUAGGUCUAGUUGUAUUGAUUCGAAUAGCUGUAAAAACAAAGACAAAAUUAAGCAAACAACAAAAACAAGUGUAGCAGCGAAGACUGCAGCUGCGGCAGAGAUUGUAGCAAUAGAAAAAUAUAACAAAAAGAAAACAAAAAUUGAAAGUGAUUUGAAGCAAAGAGCAAUCAACAACAUCACAACACGUCAACUUAAGAAUAUAACGAAUAUAAACAAAGAGAGGAAUAAUAGCACAAAUAACAAGAGCAGCAGCAACAAGAAAACAAAAGAAGUUGAAGUCGUUAAAACGACAUUUAAUACUUCAAAGUAUCACGUAAUUGUUAAUAAAAACAACAACAUCAGCAGCAGCAACAGCAACAGCAGUGAGGACAAUAUUUAUUAUAAGGAGGUCAACAAGCCCUUAUUAAUAAUUCCGAAAUUUUAUGAAAAUCUCAAUUUGACAGACUUAAUUUCGCGGUUAUUUAUUCAUUUAAAAUUGUUGCUUUUCUUUGUGUUCCCGCACGCUAUUAAACAUUUGACCGGAAAUCCAUUCGCUCGUAUAGUAAGUUAUCGUAGCUUCGGUUUGAUUGGUUAUAAUUUAGCGAAAAUCAUGCGUGCCUCACAAUCGUUAGAGAGUUCAUUUGAACGCAUUUGUUUUAAAAAUGUGAACAAAACCCCUUUAUCCCCCUCUAUUGCCUUAUGCUUGUUGGUAUACGCAGCAGUUGCCAUUUUGCUGCCUCAGCCAGUAGUCGGCGAUGAUGGCGAUUUCUUUCCAAUCAGUGGCUUAGAAACCACAACUCCGGAAUUCGAUUAUGCCAGUCGUGGCCAAAAAAAGUUCGGAGAUAAAUGCGAAAAUACUUUAGAAUGUGGUUUCCCUGGCUCCAUCUGUGAUCCAAAGAAAAAAUCAUGUCAGUGUACAGAGGAUUUGCCGGUAACUAAUCACAUUGAUAAAUGUGGUAAAGAGGCCGCGGUAAAUGAAACCUGUUUCUUUAAUGAACAAUGUGAAGUGAAAUACUUUCAAACAGAAUGUCGAGAUCAACGGUGUGUAUGUCGUUUUGACAUGACACCCGUUUGGUUGAAAGAUGGCUCUGUUGAGUGCAAAGGACGUGGCGAUAAAAAAGGACCCGAAACGUAUAUAGAUCCAGCAAUGAUUGGCGUCCUGAUUGGUAUGGCAUUAAUGUUUAUCAUUAUAUGUGUGGUUUUAAGAUUGUUUAGUCAGGCACGUUGGCGCGAAAAUCGUACUAUCUUCAAUACACCAAAUCCACGCUUGAUGAAUGUGUCGCUUUUGCGUGAGAGUAAACUAUUGCACGGACAAGAACGACGAGGAUCUCGAAUGUCAGUAAGAGCACCAUCUCGUCAACCAAGUAUGGCAUCAUUGCGACCGCAUUCCCCUAAUCCGUCGUUAGGUAAGACAGGCUCACGCUCGAAUUCACAUGGUAGUAAUGCAUCAGCCACCUCAUUAAGAUCAACGCGUAGUAAUUCUGUUUCUCCAGCAGGUAUCGUUGUGAAUAACUCCCAUCAUGAGAGGAAAGGUUCAACAUACCAGCCACAUCAGCAUCAGCAUUCAGCACAACAGAAAAACCAACAGCAACAACAACUACAGCCAAUACAGCAACAAGAACAACAGCCCUUAACACAAACGAAUAUUAUAUCGAAUCCUGUCGCUGAAACUGUGACUGUUGAAAUUAUUGAACCAGAAAAAUAAAUCACAAAUAUAUAAUGAAUGAUUAAUUAAAAAGAGAACGUACAAUUAAAUGCUUUAAACAAAAGCGAAAUCGAAUAAAUAACAACACAUAAAACAUAUUACAUAUACAUAUGUAUGUAUAUGUAUAUGUAUAUCUAUGUAUUCAGCAGCAACAAAAAUAACAACCACAAUAUAAAAAGGUAAUUUUACAAAAAAUAAUAAAUAAAUAUAUAUUUAAAAGGAAUAUGCUUUAAAUACAACAAACAAACAAUAUUUAAUAAAUAAAUUUUUUAAUACAAACAUAAAAAUAAAAACAAACAAAUAAUAAUACAAAUUAAAUUAAAUUAAAUAAAAACCAAAUAUGUAUGCACACUUUUUAAUUGAACAACAAAACAAAAAUUUAAUUACGAGCAUUAAAAAGUUUAGCUACAUAUGAACAGAAAGCAAACAAAAAAUAAAAAAAUAAAUAUUUUUUAAAUUUUAAUUCAAAACUUUUUAAAAACAAUUUUAAAAUAAUGCCUUUAAUACACCAAAAAUACAAAACGCUAGUUUAUUAUUAUAAAAAAAUAUAAAAAAACCUUGCAUAACAAAUUCAUUAAAACAAAAAAAAAAAAAAUAAUAUAAUAAACAAACUAUCACAAGUAUCCUUUCUUAAAAAAAUAAAAAAAAAAAAUAUUUUUAAUAAAAAAAAACAAACUCAUAUAUUUUCCUAAACGAACUCAAAAAAUAACAAAAAUUUACACAUUAGAUUAUUUUUAACUAAAUGAUAAAAAAUUUAAAAUCGAUUCGAACUUUAUUUAACGAAAGGUAGAUAUAUAAAUAUAUAUUUUAAAAUAACAGGCCAAAUAUGGUCUUCGACUAAGAAAGAAAUUAUUUAAAUAAUGCACGCAUUUUCAUCUAGAAUUAUAAACAAAAAUUACUAAGGAUAUCUUUGAUUAUUGCGCAAUAACAGCAAUGACAUAAAAUAUUAUAAUAAUAAUUACAUUUAAUAUAUAUAUAUAUAUACAUAUAUAAUAAAACAAUAAGGAUAUAAGAAAU